UUCCUCCUAAGUCUCUCGAGUGUCUUUGAUCCUGUUUGCCAGAUGUUUUACUGAGCUGCAUUUCAACACUGACGAUCCUUAGGGGACAUAAGCUAUGUCCGCGGGUCCCGACGUGCCUGUUACAAGAGUGCCGGGGAUCGUCUUCAAGCUCUAAUUGGCGGGCGAUGGAACCUCGGCGCCCCCUGCAGGAGGGGGAAUCCAGCGCACCCUUUGGGAGAGUGCGGCGUUGAAACGUGCCAGGAUCUCCCCAAGAGCUUGAAGGCGCUUUGAUCGCCGCCGCGGCUCCGACCUCCCUGCCUGUUUUUCCCAUCUACACACUUUUCUUCUCCCGCAGUUGCUUCUGAGGUCCAGCGUCUUUGGACAGUUGCCGAGCUGGAAAUAGGGCCACUUCGCCCAAGUAGACGCCUCCAAGGGUCCAAUAUACCCUUCACUGAACAAUUUGAUGGAGAAUCGGUCGGAUGACAGCAGGAACUGUUGUCAUCACUGGCGGAAUACUAGCAACUGUCAUCUUACUGUGUAUCAUUGCAGUUCUUUGCUAUUGUAGGUUACAGUAUUAUUGCUGCAAGAAAAAUGAAUCUCAGGAAGCCGAAGAAGAAGAAGAGGAGGAAGAGGAGGAGGAAGAAGUCAAUCUUCCCCUGCACUCACACUACAUUAUGUGCAAUGCUUGCAACUGUCGUAUCAUGGACGGGCAGGGCAACUCCUCUUUCCCACCCUGUGAGCUUAACAAACAGAGUAACCGGAACUAUGGCCCAGUCUGUUCCCCCUGUGGAGCUCCCUUUUAUAUACAGACCGCUGACAUGGUACGGAAUGGGGGUGAGAGUGUCACCUACACACCCAUAUGCUGCAAGGAUAUGGGGCUGCCUGCCAAACUGGCAACCCACCAAAAUUACCCGGUGAUCCAUCACUGCGCCAUCCACGGGACCUUUCCAAAUCUGAGGGCUUUCAGUACGGAAGUAUGAUCACUGUCUAUCACUAUCACAGGUGCUUCAGUAUAAUCCUCUUGUUGGGUGGGGAUUUUAACGUUAUGUGUUUCAGCCAAAAUGGAACAUGUGUCCAAGACCCACCAUUGUUCCUGAUCUUUGCAGCAAAAGAUUUAUAACUUUGUAACCAAGGGGGUGGGAGGGGGGAGUUGUGCAAAUUUCAAUCCGCAAAGUGAUAAUGUUGUUUCCACUGACGGUUCUUGUCUAAAGAGGGCUAUCUAUAAUACAAAACUAUCUUGCAUUUCAAGGUUUUUGGAAACCACUUUACAAUUCCACCCCCCCACUAAGAGAUUUGGUAUCUACCAUUAGGCAUUCCCAUUUGUCUCUCUCUUCAAAGCAAUACCAAUCACUUCCUUUGAUUAGUAGAGUAAGCUCCCGAUGGUCAGUUCGAGAACUUUUUAGGGGACAUCAUAAUUCCCAACCAGGAUGGGGACAACCAGUGAGAAGGGUGACAACAUGUUUGCUGAAUUAGUGUUCAUUAGAAGUGGAACAAGAACAAGAAACAAGAAAUGAAAUGUUCUGAUUAUUUCUAUAACCCAUUAGUUUAUGAACUGAAUGCUUUAUUUGUACUAGAAUGUAAAAUAGGCCAGCCAAAAUGUACCGUAUUUAUUACACACAUGAACACGCAUACACAAGCAUUUAGUAAUGGUAAGAAACUGGGAGUUGAAGAACUGGAGAAAUUACCAAAUUUCUUCUGAAAGCUGAUUAUUUUUUACAUGGCAAAAACAUCCUGUUCUCCCCAAAUUCUCAAUUCUGAACAGGCUUUCUUAACAAUUCAUCCGGACACUUAAAGGCCACCCCCCCACCCCACCCCACACUUUGAUAAGUCUUUUUUUCUAACUUGCCAUCCUUGUGUAAUUAAAGUUGGUAGAACUGCAAAAGGUAAUGUUUUUAUCAUCAAGCCACGGCAAGGAAAGAUUGAAGUGCAUAUAAUGGUCAGUGCCAAAUUCAACAGUUUUAUGACUUUUGUAAAAUAAUACCUUCUAAAGUAGAACUGGUCAAAUAACAAAGAAAAGUGUACUGGAUUGGUUUCAAAUGUUGAUUGAUAACUUCCGCAAGCCUAUCCUUUGCUAUGUGUGAAAUGUGGUUCAUGUGUUUGAAAUUCUGAUGGUUUGAUCUUCUAAGAAUGGUACGUAAGGCUAUUUUGGAAACUAUUUGGUCUAUUCUUUUGAACAAGCACAAGGGUCAUUCUCUGAAGUAUCAGUAAGCAGUCAGUCUUGCAUACUCUUCUCUAUUUAUAUGAAUUGAAUGUUUUAUCAGAGAUGAAAUUUAAGACCUUCGCCUAAAAUGGUAAACAUCUCAAGAACACAAGGAUGCUGAUGCGAUAAAGGAAUCGGUGUAUGUACAGGAAUACAGACUUGAUUCAUUUCAAUUAUAUUUUGAACAAACUGAGUUUAAUCUGGAUUGUGCCCAUUUAUCCCAGUCCACAGUUCCAUUGGAGCUGCAUUUGAGUAAAACCAGAGCUCCCUCCACAAAAUAGAAUCUUAAUUCUAGAUGGGGGGAAAGCUGCGGUGGGGGAGGGGAAACUUCAUGUAUUCUUGCACAGAGGUAACAUAUAUCCAGGGGUGGGAUCCUACCAGUUGAACAACUGGUUAGCUGAGCGAGCGAGCGCCAGACGUGCGUGCAGUUUCCAUAAAAUUGAACUUCCCUGUUGCAAACAAGGAAAGGAGAAAGGAAAACAGCUGAGGAGGGCCAAUUCAAUCUGCUGCCCUUGAUCAGCUGUGCUUCAGAAGCAGAAAUAAAGGUCAGUAUAACCCGGGGGUGGGUGGGUGGUCCCACUUUCACAGCAACAGAGAACUGGUUCGCUCUCGGCAGGAAGUGGGACUACCAGUUCAGCCGAAUCGGUCCGAACCGGUAGAAUCCCACCACUGCAUAUAUCUCUAAACUGGAAGAGAUGUGACAAAUGUGUGCCUGCAGUUCUUUGAGAUAGGACAAGCAACAAUACAAUUGUAUAUUGCCAGCACCACCCUUCUCGUGUUCAUGAAUAACUCUUAUGCUGAGCACACAGAAAGCUAUAUUUCCAGCUUCUUGGUCCUGUACAUGCCUGGAAACUCUCAGUAUUCAGGGAAUAAAAUAUUUGGGGUCAAUGAACAGGAUGAAGUUAAGUCAAAUGUGUGCAGAUAACUAUUUCUUGUAUGAAGCUUUCCUCCCUCCCUCCCUCCUCCCUCCUUCUCUCUCCCUCCCUUCCUCUUUCUCUCUCUUCUUUCAUGCCUUCUUCAGAUACUCAAGACAGCAUACAUAAUGCUCCCUUUCCCCAUUUUCCUGAGAUGAAUUGACUGGCUGAGUGGUGAUUUUAAAAAGGGUCCUGAAGUUAUCACAGCCUUCCAACCUAUGAGAAAGCAGUGCGUGUGUGGUUCAGGUCAUUUAAUUAUAGUAACAAAGUGCCUUAUAAGGUAUAUAGAGCCACCAAAGUAAGCUCAGAAGACUUUCCAUUUAAAAAAAAUUAUGAAAAAUCUAACAGCCAGCUUCAUCAGUUGCUGUGAAAGCUACCUGUAUGAUCGGUAGUGAAAGCAAUACAGGUUACAAAGAUUGGUUUUUCAAACUAUUCUUUUUUAAAAAAGAAAAAACCCAAAGUUAAGGAGAUUAUACAGGGCAUUUGAAAGCUGGAGGCAUGAAUGUUAUUAAUAGAAGAGAAUAUAUGUAGCUCAGGGUUGAACUGUGAAGUCCUUGGUGCUCUUUGAGCUUGGUUGUUUUCUUGCAGACAUUUCAAACAACCAAGCUCAGAGAACAAGAGAACAAACACUCCAUAGGGAUAAAAAGUAUUACUGUUAUAUGCUUGUUUUCUUACGUUUUGUCUAUACAUUAGAAAGGAGCAGAUUUCCAGUGACAAAUCUGAAAGAAAGGAGAAAAACUUCAUUGGGCAUAGAAAAAUUCUUAGAAGUCACUAAGGUGCAGUAAAACAGCCUUCAGAAGGUUCCAGAUUAUUAUCAGAGGAAGACCUGGAAUUUAGGGCGGCAAGGAUACACACAACUAGAGUUCUAAAAAGUUUUACACAUAAAAUGGUUGCCAUAGCUCUGAAGCACAUCCCUAAUUCCAGAUCACAUAGCCUGCAUGCUUCUACUCUGCUUAAGUUGGCAGCCCAUGAUUUACAUUUUGUGUAAAUUUCAUUGUUCUUCAAGCUGGGGGGGGGAAAUAUCUUGUUUUGUUAACUCAGCCCAACAGGUUUCUGCCUUGCUUUGCAUUUCUUUGGAACGGUUUGGUUGAUGUUCCUAAAUGACAGAUUGUCAUUUGUGUGUGUGAUGUUUCCACACCUUUCAGUUGAACCCUUCUUUGAACACCUUCUUUGUUCUUUUGGUGAGAUGUGCUGUUUAUUUCUCCGGGAUUCAGAUAACGCUGGAUAUCCUUAAUUUAGGAGGUAGCAAUACAAUCCAAUGCAAUGAAAACUCCUGUCUUUUUUCUUUUCUUUUUUGUGCCUUUGAGUCAGUUUUUGGCUUCAUCCUACAUUUUUCUUGGCAAAAUUUUUCAGAAGUUUGCCCUUCCCUGCUUUCUAGGGUUUAGAGAGAGGGUCUGGCUCAAAGGUACCCAGUUGGCUUUAUACCUAAAACGGGAUUAGAACUCAGUCUCCUGUUUGUUUGAUGCCUAACCACUACGUCACACUGGCUCACUUGUAUUCCUUUCUAGCAAGUGGCUAAUUGCCCAAACUAACUUAAUUUUGCUAAUGACACUUGACUGUAUGAUAGAAUUAUAGUCAACACAUGGUUUUAGAUGUUGUUGCUUAUAAACCAUCUAGGAAUGCACUCAGUUUCCUAUAUGGAUGUUUUCGCCCAAAUUAUACCUUUCUACAUAGUAGUUGUAAUCUUAUUUUACACCUGUGGUUUUCUGAGAUUUCAAAAUG